UGGCCAGCAGGGUAAUAUGUUUUCAGCAUACAACGGGUCAGUGUCGUAUUAGGUUCAGUUUGUUUGGCAUUGCAAGCGGUUACGAAGUAACUGCGUGUAAGUGGGAAGUAGGAAUUAGCUGGUUAAUGUGCCCGUGACGGAUAUCUAUUUUCCUUACUAACGCGAUAAGUGUCACCAGUACUGGAAACAUAUUUUAUAUUUAAAAGGGGAUUAAGUGUUGUAAUGGAGGAUAAGAAGGAGGAGGGAGAAGCAGAGAUCCAGGAACAUGGCCCCGAACACUGGUUCACGAAAUGGGAGCGGCAGUGCUUGGCCGAGGCCGAACAGGAGGAGCCGAAUGAGGAGGAGGCUGAUCAAAGCCAGCAGAAACUGUGGCACCUCUUCCAGAACUCCGCUACUGCGGUUGCACAGCUCUACAAAGACCGAGUAUGUCAACAACAGGGACUCUCGCUAUGGGUACCGUUUCAGAAUGCGGCAACAGCUGUAACCAAUCUGUAUAAAGAAAGCAUAGAAGCUCAUCAAAGAAGUUAUGACCUAGGAAUUCAGAUCGGCUAUCAACGUCGCAAUAAGGAUGUUUUGGCAUGGGUUAAAAAGAGACGAAGAACGAUUCGAAGAGAGGACUUAAUCAGUUUCUUGUGUGGCAAAGUACCUCCACCAAGGACUUCUAAAGCUCCACCAAAACUGACUGUUAUGUCUCCGAACCGGGCACCUUCCUCUGAAACUAGCUCAUCUGUAGAGACUGAUUUACAGCCGUUCAGAGAAGCCAUUGCAUUGCACGGUCUAAGUGGAGCAAUGGCCAGCAUAAGUGUCCGUUCCAGUACUCCUGGGUCUCCUACUCAUGUGAGCAGCAGCUCCAACCCGAGUCGCAGGAGAAAUGGACUCCAUGAUGUGGACUUGAACACUUUCAUAUCGGAAGAAAUGGCACUCCAUUUAGACAAUGGUGGCACUAGGAAGCGGACCUCAGCCCAGUGUGGCGAUGUCAUCACAGACUCGCCAACUCAUAAACGCAAUCGAAUGAUCUGAACUGAUUUUCACUGUACCGUGCUGCUUCAAGUAAGGAAAAAACAAAAAGCCACUUACUCUUAAAAAAAACAUCUUUUUUGUCAAAGGAACCAUUGCCAUGGUAAAAAGAAACCAUUUAUUCAGAUGAGUUGAAUUCAUGAAUGAUUCCCUGUGUCAAACUGCUGCAAUUGGUAUUUCUUGCUAAUAAUGGCUUUCUGUUUUCCUCUCAACUCUGAGAUUUGUCUUAAUACUGAGCAAGAUCAUCAUGGUAACAUUUCCAAGCUUGAAGGCUGAAGUGACCUUACAUGUUCCCAUGUAUUGAAGGGAUUUAAGAUCUGAUCAGUUUUAGCAUUAUUGCCAUAUUUCCAAUUGAAUAUACUUAUAUAUACUUGUAUAUAUAUAAAACCAGUUAAUAACUCGGUAUAUAUAUAUAUAUUCAUGACAUUUUGUUGCAUACGCAGCUUGCAACUUGGAAUUUACUUUUUUCACGCAUUAGUCCUAACUCCAAUAAAAUGGCAAUUUUGAAUUAUAAGACUAUUGGAUUUUAACUACUUUAAAGCAGCUGCUACUUCUGGUGAUUGUAUGACAUAGCAGAAAGGGUGCUGAGAUGGUCAUGCACUUAAUGCCUAACCCUGAGUACAAUCUUUAAAUGAUUCACUUUUUAAUGCUACAGCGUGACAAUGUUGUCAUAUGUGUCCCCUCAUUAUCACUUUUUGUCUAUUUUAACAUUAUCUAAUGUAUAUACAUUUAGGUGCUGAUAUGGUACAUGUGAUACAUAUUGUAAAAAGAAGUGCAAGCCAUCAAAUAGUUAUUGUAUAAUUAUUAUUGCAUUAAAGAAACCAAGCUUUUAACUAUGGGUGACUUCAGGUAUCCUUUAAACUUGGUUAGUGUCCUAUCAUUGAUCUUGCACAUUUGCCGUUGAGGCUCCACAGUAUGCAAUUCAGAUUUCCUGAUUUAAAAGGGUGUAUGGCGGACAAAUAGAUGGUGUGUUCCUAUGAUUCUGAUUCGAUGCCUGGAAAGCAGUGCUUUCUUUUUAUACUGAUGCAGUAUGCUGUAUUGCUGACACCCAAGCAUUUGUGUGUUAGUCUGGCAUUGGGCACAUACAAAUAUAGGAAGACGUGCACAUGGGAUAAUGAAAUUGGCCAUUGUGUUUUCUUAAAAGGAAAAUGAAAAGUAUCAUUGAAGUUUGCAUUUUCAAAGCUUGACACCUAUCUGUAUGUAUAUUAACAUUUUAGUAUAAUUUCUUACAUUGGCUAUGCAAUUGGCAGUAAAUCAAUCAUGUUCUUUGUUUUAUUCACUGUCGAUCACUGCUGGCAGUCAUAAGACAACCCCAUCACUGCAAUUACUUGCAUAUAGUCUGCAUGAGUAUUGCAGAUUAGUUUUCACGAGCUAUGCCAAUGAAUUUCAGCAGUCAUAUGUGAUUUCUGAAGAAAUGCAAUUUAAGAAAUUUAGUUAUGUUGCAACACAAAUGUUCCCUCUAACUUAUAAGAGGUGUGGAGUUUUCAAAUGCACAAAGUAGCCUACAACUUGCAUACAUUGUUUUUGUUAGCAAUUUGAAACCCAUUAAAUAUCUGUUCAAUUGCAGGGAAUAUCUCAUCAGUAAAAUUCCCCCGCAGCGGUUUCUGAAGUUGACCAUGUAUGAGUAUUUUGUUCACUGUGUAAUGGAAUAUUUCAGACAAUAAAAGGUUAUGUUCAUUUAAAUGUAGCCUAAAUUA